AUGAGCGAGGAGGAGGCGGUGCCAGCGCUCACGAUGGUGGGAGAGACGAAAUUUUCAGAGUUCGAUGCGACGGAGGCAAGGGAGGCGAAGGAAUGGAUUGACAGUGGGAUCGAAGAAGUCGUCAAGAACCCUACGAGUGACUUCAGUCAACAUUUCCCAAGACGAAAGCUUUUCUUGAUAGCUGUGCAGAACCUGCUGUUUCAUAAGCGAGAUCUAGUCGAUAGAGACUGGUACAGGAAGGUUCUGCCGCCUCUACUUUCUCUGCUCCGAGAAGUAUCGUCUGCGAGUUCUGCAACUAGGAUAUACCUCAUCGAAAUCCUCAAGACUUUGGAAUCUGUUGUCUACAACCAGACUGAGCCGAACAGCGGCUUCUUCUCUGUCGUCAUCAACGAUGUUAUGCUGAUGUUGGAGAAGAUUGCGAGCAAACGCGGUGAUGGGCCAAGGGAAGCUCCUGGAGGAUGUGCCACAGGAGGCAAGCAUGACAACAACUCCGAAGAGGAGGGAUGUGAAGUCACCCACCCACAGAUGUUCAUGAUGAUCGCCGUCAACCUUGAGCUUGCCAUGAGGGUGCUGGAGAAGGUGGAGGCCUCGAGCUCGGAGGGGCUGUCGGAGGAGGCAGCGCAGCUGGUCGCCAGCUGUUUGCGGACGUUGCAGAUCAUGUUGUUGGAGGUCACCACGUCGAGCUCCUCCGCCUCCAAGAUCUGCACAAAACUUUCUGCGAUGAGCAGGAGCGCGACCAACAGCAUGGGAGGCAACACGGAUGACUCGACCGCCGACCAACUCGCUCGUCCCAUGAUAGUCAACGCUUGCAAGACGGCAGGGAAAGUGAGAUUGUACUCCAUCCUGGCCAUCCAGGGUCUCGCGAGGAUGCAGCCUAAGAUUUUUCAUCCUCUGUGGCCGAUGCUGCUUCCUCACGCGGGCAGUCGACAGAGCUCGCUCCUCUCUGCCGUAGCGCUCGACCCUUCCCCGAGGACGCGCAUGGCUGCAGCUGUGACCAUCCAUGCGCUCUUCCAGCGGUCGAAAGUUUUCAUGGCAGCGGCAGAGGAGCACAGGGCGACGAGUUUCACGUCGCUGUCGCAGUCCCUGGCCAUGACCAUAACGAGCAUGCACACGGGCCUCUGCUCUGCCGUGAUGAGCGAGACGCAUCUCGGAGCUGCGCAGCAUAUCGUGAAGGCUCUGACUGCCCUGAUCACUCACGCGCCCUACAAGCGGCUCAAGAGAGGCUAUCUCUCCCUCGGGGCUCGUGCGAUGCUGUCAGUCUUAAACUGCGAGGACAAGGAGAGACGGCAGGACGUUUCCCUCCGCACUGCCUGCAUGAACUGCCUUGCAACCAUCUUGGAGAAUCAAAUCUCAAUCUCAGAGCUCAAGGAAAGCUCGGCCGACUGGGAGAGCCGAGGGUCCACGUCCAAGAUCAAGGAGAGGAGCAGACAGCAGCAGCAGCAGCAGCAGGCGCAAGGGAGGUCAGACAGCAGCGAGCUGAAGAGAAUCAUCGACGACCUUGUGGACGUCAUCCGCGGGAUCACGGGAGACGCCAACCCCGUCAAGAUCGAGGCGAUCAGAGCGCUGGCGGGAGUGCUGAGGAACGACAACGACAUCUUGACGGCGGAGUGGCGGAGACUUGAAGAUAUCGUGACCUGCCAACUCGCUGCUGCUCCUCCUCCCAUCCGCACACACAUCGCCAAGCUCGUUGAAUUUUUCGUCGGGGCUGGAGAAGAUCACGAGGAGGAGGAGCUGGAGGAGACUCUGCAGUCUCCUCAGAGUACAAGGAAUGUGAAAUCGAAAGAUGAUGAGAGAAUUGUUGUCAAGUCAUUGCCCGACGACAUCUGGAACAAGAUAAUCGUCGAUAUUCUGAGCACGAUGUUCAAAGACACUGUUGCUGCUGUCCGUGCCAGUGCGAUGAAUGCUGUCGCGUUUCUUCCAGUGGAGCACAAGGGUUUUCUUCGAUGUUUACAAGAAGUUUGGUUGAGUGCAAGGCCGGGCGAUGCGAACGAUAGCGCAUCCCGAGGAGCAGCAUUGAAGACUUUGGGUAUCUUGUCGCAGGUAACUCCGUUCCGUGAAGAUGUAAAUUUCCUUAUCAAGGCUUCUGAUGUCCUCGAGAAAUGUUCUCAUGAUUCCACCCUCGCUGUGCGGAUCAAGGCUUGUUUUUCUCUUGCCAACAUCUGCGAGCGAGCUUUUAUCAUCCAGCAACUCGCUACAUCGAUUCGAGUGUACGGAGCUCGAGCGUUGGGAUAUGUGGCCAGCUGCUCCAACUUUUACGAGCUAGUCAGGGGAGCCACGUCCUCGGAGGCAGCAUCCAACCUAAGCUCCAGAAUCGAAGCUGCCAUCUGCGGCAUGGUGAAAUCAACAGACUACUCUGUCAAGGUUCGGUGGAACGCUUGUCACGCGGCAAAGUUGAUCCUGCAGUCGAGCAUUGCGAAUCACAUGAGCGAACGAACGCUCAUCCAUGCUCUCAAGGCCGCAGCACUCGAGGGGAAGAACUUCAAGGUUAGGAUUCAGGCGACGAGAGCGCUGAGGGAGUCAGCAGAGAGCAGGCUCUACGGGGACGAGCAGCAGAGGAUGGAGCUAUGGCGCGAGCUGGUGCUGAGCGUGGAGGAGCGCCUAGAUCUCGACGAUCCCUCGCAGUACAAAUACAAGGACGCGCUGAAACAGGAGCAGCGCACGUGCCUUGUCAUCCUCACCCCCCUCCUUCUGCGGGGCUCCGCUGCUGAGCCCUCGGGAGCCCUCCAGGAGUCGAUGUGCAUGAAGAAGGAGAGGCAUGACAGGAGCGUCUCGUGGGAGGAGGGAAGAGUCGUCUUUCAUACCCUACAUGCUGUGCAGGGAGGCAGCAGACAGCUGGUCGAAGCUUGUCGACAAGCUGCCGCAAGCGUUGUGGGCCUGCUGCCGAAGAGAUCGAGGGUGGAGGAGGAGGAGGUGGAGGAGCACGUGGAGAUUCUGUGUGGGCUGCAGAAGUACCUCGAUGAGGAGGAGCGGGACAAGGAAAGCGAGUCAGAGCGAAGGUUUCUUACGUUGCAAUAA